AAUAUAACACACCAAACUCUCUUUCUUCCUUGCUUUUCAUUUCUUUGUCUCUUCGAAAAUUAAAAAAAUAAACCCAUUUGAAAAUUAACGAAAUUUAAAAAACAAAAAACAAAAAGAAAACAGAAAUGGGAUUAGCAAUUAGAGAGAGAAGGACUGUUGGUUGGGUUCUUGUUCAUAAUUCGUCAAAAUUAAUUUAUUAUCAUUUUCAACUCAAGAACAAGAAACCCAACAAAAAAAUAAAAAGGAAAAAAGAAUUUCUUUAUUUCAGUUACUAUUAAUUAUAAUUAUAAUUACUUUGAUGGAUAGAUAAAUUUUAUAUUCUUUUGUUCUUCUCUUGCAAAUCUCACAACCGCACAUCUCAAUCACUUCCACACGCAUCAAUAACCCAAUCGAUACUAUUAACAAUGAUAACUUCUUCUUCAUCCAUCACCCUUCUUUUUUGUUUCUAGCGAGAGAAAGUAACAAUUUUUUUUAUUUUUUUAUACUUUUGUUUGACAGAGAAACUUUAUUAACCUAAUAAAGUUUGAUUCUUGGAGUUAGAGUUGGAUUCGAUCCAUAUCCUUUUCCAUGUUAGAAGAUUGGUACUGAUUGUUCUUUUUUGGGAUUUUAGGGUUUUGAAAGUUAUGGAAGCUGGGGGUAGUGGUGGUGGUGGCUCUGAGGGAGAGAAAAAGAAGCCUCCUGAAGGAGAAGUGAAGUCUAAAAGGAAAAUGAAGACUGCUUCUCAGCUUGAGAUUCUUGAAAAAACUUAUGCAGUGGAGACUUACCCAUCAGAGGAACUUCGUGCUGAGCUUUCAGCACAAUUAGGGCUAACUGAUCGGCAGCUGCAAAUGUGGUUCUGUCACAGACGUCUGAAGGACCGAAAGGGUCCACCAGUGAAGCGCCAAAGAAAGGAUGAAUCACCAGCACCAUCUGUAGUGCCAGGUGGUGAAGUUACAGGGGUAGCAGCUGAGGUUAGAAAUGAAUUGUUGCCAAUGCCUGCUGCAGGGUCUAGUCCAUUUGGUCAUGGAAUGGAUUCAAGGCGAGUAGUCGCCAGGACCCCAGGGGUGGCUGUUGCAAGGAUUUCUAGUGAAAUGUCAGCUAUAAAGAGGUACUAUGAACCACAACAGGCUAUAGCUGAGCUUAGAGCUAUAGCCUUUGUUGAGGCUCAAUUAGGGGAGCCUUUGAGGGAGGAUGGUCCAAUUCUUGGAAUGGAGUUUGAUCCCCUACCACCAGACGCUUUCGGUGCACCUAUAGGAACAGCUACGGUGGGCCAGCAGAAGCAGCCUGGACGGCCUUAUGAGGCCAACUUGUAUGAGCGCCCUGAUGUGAAAACUAUCAAGGGUACAAGGCCUGUGCAUGAAUACCAGUUUCUUCCACAGCAACCAACUGUUAGAGCAGAUGCAUAUGAGAGAGUUACCACGAACUAUCACUAUGGUUCACCAGCUGACAGUCAUAAUACCAAGACAGCAGCAUUAUCUACAGCUCGACCAUUCGUGCAUGCAAAUGAGCAAGUGUCCUCUGGCUAUAGUUUUCCAAGUCAGUUGCCCAGUCUAAAUCUUAUGCCUCAAGAAGGCAGGCAGGGCCAUCUCUUGUCAUCUGCUACAGGAGAAUAUGAUACUGUACUACGAAAAAGCUCCUUGACUAAUAUUGGUAUGGAUGCUCACCCGAUUAAUGCAUUGGACAAUCCAUUUAUGCCAUCUGAUAAGAGGGUUGCCCCUGAUGAGGAUGUAUUGCGUAUUGAGAGGAAGCGCAAGAUUGAGGAGGCAAGAAUAGCACGUGAAGUUGAAGCCCAUGAGAAGAGGAUCCGAAAAGAGCUUGAAAAGCAAGAUGUGUUAAGGAGAAAGAGAGAGGAGCAAAUAAAGAAAGAAAUGGAAAGGCAUGACCGUGAAAGACGGAAGGAAGAAGAAAGGUUGUUGCGUGAAAAACAGCGAGAAGAGGAGAGGUAUCAGAGGGAGCAAAGGCGUGAAUUGGAGCGUAGAGAGAGAUACUUGCAGAAGGAGUUUAUCAGAGCUGAGAAAAUGCGACAAAAAGAAGAACUACGCAGAGAAAAGGAGGCAGCAAGGCAAAAGGCUGCUACUGAGAGAGCAAUUGCACGUAGAAUUGCUAAAGAGUCAAUGGAGCUAGUUGAUGAUGAACGCUUAGAACUCAUGGAGUUAGCUGCCUCAAGCAAAGGAUUGCCUUCAGUAGCUUCUCUUGACUUUGAAACUUUGCAGAAUCUUGAUACAUUUAGAGAUAAGCUGGCUGUGUUCCCUCCCAAAUCUGUGCUAUUGAAGAAACCAUUCUCAAUUCAACCUUGGAAUGAUUCUGAGGAGAAUGUAGGGAAUCUUUUAAUGGUUUGGAGAUUCUUAAUAACUUUCGCAGAUGUUCUUGGGAUGUGGCCAUUCACUUUGGAUGAAUUUGUCCAAGCUUUUCAUGAUUUUGAUCCAAGGCUAUUAGGUGAAAUGCAUGUUGCUCUUUUGAGAACCAUAAUUAAAGAUAUUGAAGAUGUUGCGAGGACCCCUGCCACUGGAUUGGGGGCAAAUCAGAAUAGUGCCGCUAAUCCUGGAGGUGGCCAUCCACAAAUUGUUGAAGGGGCAUAUGCAUGGGGUUUUGAUAUAUGCAGCUGGCAACGGCACUUAAAUCCAUUAACAUGGCCUGAAAUUUUGAGACAGUUUGCCCUUUCUGCUGGUUUUGGGCCACAACUAAAGAAAAGAAAUGUUGAGCAGGCAUAUCAUCGUGAUGAAAAUGAGGGUAAUGAUGGUGAAGAUGUAAUUACUAAUUUACGCAAUGGCUCAGCAGUUGAGAAUGCCGUUGCUAUAAUGCAAGAAAGGGGAUUUUCUAAUCCGCGUAGAUCUAGGCAUCGCUUGACACCUGGUACUGUUAAAUUUGCAGCAUUUCAUGUUCUUUCUCUUGAAGGAAGCAAAGGUUUGACAAUACUAGAAGUUGCUGAAAAGAUUCAGAAAUCUGGACUAAGGGAUCUCACAACGAGUAAGACACCAGAAGCUUCAAUUGCUGCUGCUUUGUCAAGGGAUUCAAAACUUUUUGAGAGAACAGCUCCAUCGACAUAUUGCGUGCGUCCUGCCUAUAGGAAGGAUCCAACUGAUGCUGAGGCAAUACUUUCAGCAGCCAGAGAAAGAAUCCGGACAUUUACGAGCGGGUUUGUCGAUGGAGAAGAUGCUGAUGAUGCUGAAAGGGAUGAUGAUUCUGAAAGUGAUGUGGCAGAUGAUCCUGAUAUCGAGGAUUUAGGUACUGACUUGAACCCUAAGACAGAGGCUAGCAAUUCUCCAGAAUUGAGCAAAUUCAGUGCAAAAACUCACUCUGAAAAUGGAAAUGAGGGUGGUGAUGUCACUAGAACUCCUCAAGUUCGACUUCAGAACCUUGGUGAGGGUUUGUCUUUAAUGCACUCUGACAGCAAUAAUGAAGUUAAAGGUGUUGCUUCUUCCAUUGAUCAUUCUGUAGAUGUUGGAAUACCCACCAAUAUCAAGCAAGAAGAUGCAGAUAUUGACGAAAGCAAUCUUGGUGAACCAUGGGUUCAAGGACUAAUAGAGGGGGAGUACUCUGAUCUGAGUGUUGAAGAGCGCCUCAAUGCAUUUGUUGCAUUGAUUGGUGUGGCGAUUGAGGGAAACUCAAUCCGGGUCGUCCUUGAGGAGCGCUUGGAAGCAGCAAAUGCUCUGAAGAAGCAAAUCUGGGCAGAGGCACAACUUGAUAAACGUCGUAUGAAAGAAGAGUAUGUGACGAAAAUGCAUUAUCCAUCAUUUACAGGAAACAAGGUGGAACCUAACCUUACCACGUCUACACCAGAGGCUAGGCAAAGCCCUUCAGUUACUGCUAAUGAAAAAGUGAAUGAAAUGUUGAUGAAUGGUGGUGCACAGCAGGAACAGUCAAAUGGUCCACAGAAUGACAUGAAUUAUCUUAACAAUAUCCCGUCCGAAGGGAAUCUGCAAAUGCAAGAUCUCUCUGCUGGGCCAGAUAAUCUACUAUAUAUGCAACCUGGACUUGUUGCAGAUAAGUCGCGCUCGCAGUUAAAAUCCUUUAUCGGUCACAAGGCAGAAGAGAUGUACGUGUAUAGAUCAUUGCCUCUCGGCCAGGAUCGCAGACGUAAUCGCUACUGGCAGUUUACCACAUCUAAUUCAUGCAAUGAUCCUGGCUGUGGCAGAAUUUUUGUUGAGUUACGUGAUGGUCGCUGGAGGCUUGUAGACUCUGAAAAGGAUUUUGAUUCUCUGUUGACAUCUUUGGAUGCUCGUGGAGUUAGGGAAUCUCAUUUGCAUAUGAUGUUACAAAAAAUUGAGAUGUCCUUUAAGGAAGCUGUUAGGAGGAAGCUGCUAAGUGCUGACAUGGAGAGACAAAGUGGGGACACUGUGAAAGCAGAAGCUGGUGAUAUGGUUACUGGCCCUGAUUGUCACACUGGUACAGAUAGCCCAAGCAGCACUGUAUGUAUUGCAGACUCUGAUGUGUCUGAGACCUCAACAUCUUUUGCAGUUGAGCUAGGAAGGAAUGAAUCUGAGAGGAAUCAAGCGUUGAGGAGAUAUCAAGAUUUUGAGAAGUGGAUGUGGAAAGAAUGCUUUAAUGGUUUAGUAUUAUGUGCAUCGAAGUAUGGGAAAAAAAGAAGCAGACAAUUAGUUGGUGUUUGUGAUUACUGCCAUGGGAUUUAUUUCUCUGAAGAUGAUCAAUGUCCUUGCAGUAGGACAUGUGAGAAACCUGGGAGUGAUUUGAAUUUCUCUAAACAUAUGGUUCAUUGUGAAGAGAAAUCAAGGGUUGGGCUUGCUUACAGUUCACAUGCUUCAUCUUCUCCACUGAGGAUCAGGUUGCUUAAGAUGCAAUUAGCUUUGAUUGAGGUUUCUCUUCUGCAAGAAGCUCUUCAACCUGUUUGGACUAACGGUUAUCGUAAAUCAUGGGGUAUGAGGUUACAGUCAUCAUUGUCGGCCGAAGACUUGCUUCAGGUCCUGACAUUACUGGAGGUUUCCAUUAAGAGGGAUUACUUGUCAUCUAAGUUUGAAACAACCAGUGAACUUCUGGGGUCAAUUCACUCGUUUGGAUCUUCUGGUAAUGAUUCUUCCCGGAAAGAAAAUGUUCCUGUGCUUCCGUGGUUGCCACGAACGACAGCAGCCGUAGCUCUGAGGGUCAUGGAAUUUGACUCAUCCAUUUCAUACACGCCACAUCAGAAAAUGGAGUCUCAGAAAGACAGGGGCAAUGGAGACUUCAUUAAGCUUCCUUCCAAGUUUGCCAUUGUGAAAAACACCCAAGAUAAUGAAGCCACCAGAACUCAUCAUAAAGCUCCUCAUAAAGCUGGGUUAUUUCAAGAAGAUAAUUGGGCUGAUGUAGGGAUUGGUUCAGCUAAAUUGGCGCGUGGACGGGCAAGCCGAGGCAGAGGUCGGAGUCAUACCAGCGGCACAAAUUCCCGAAGCAGGGCUGGUAGUUCUAGGUCAGAAUCAGGCAAGAGAAGUUUGGCCUCAAACAAUAACAGAUCUGGGCAGGUGCUUUCAUGGAAAGGGCAAUCACGUGCACGAGGAGGCCGUAAGCGUGGUCGCCGCAGUGUUAGAAGUAGGCAGAAACCUGUGAAGAGAGCAGUUGAUGUUGCUGCUCAGACAAAUGUUGCCAAAGAAAUAAUCUAUGAGAAAGUGCCAACAAAGUUGGAAAGGGAAGACUGGAACAUCGAUGAAACAAGAUUCCAGUCAAGGAUUGCUGAAAACCUCAGCAGCUCAGAAAGAUCCGAGUAUGAUGAUGAAAAUGGUCAAGCUACAGGGGAUGAAUAUGAUGAUCUGCCGGUUGAUGACUAUACUGGCGGUUUUAAUGGAAAGUCUGAUGACUUACUUGAGGGAAGUGAUUAUAACAUGGAUCCCAACGAGGAAGAAGACGAUGAGGAUGACGACGAAGCAGACCUAGAUGAAGAUGAUCAAGGGGAUUUGGAUGUUGAGGGAUAUAUAAAUGGGGACUCAAAUGAUGAUGGAAUCAGGGAUGGAGAUGGAGAGCAAAAUGGGGAUCCAGAUGAAGGCACUGGAUCUUCAUCUUCAGAUUUCAGUGACUAGAGAAGUAACUAAGCAUAGAGAAUUUUUAACGUACAAGAAAGCGAUUUCUGAUUUAUAAUCUUUAGUCUUCUGCACUGCAUCGCUACCUUGUAAUUGAAGCUCAAAUGUACUUAUAGAAGAAACAGUAAUUGUGCAUAGCUGACAACACAUUCACUGUAUUAGAUUAAUUAUCAAUCAAUAGUGUAGUCUCUAUCAACUUUCAAAUGCGGCAUGCUGAAUUCUGGUUUUCCAUUCGACGGCAUGCUAGUGUACAAAUGACCUUCCCACAUCUUUCUGCUAGUGCUUGUAUCUAUAAUGCAGCUGAUUUUUUUUA